UCCGCUGACCUCAUUAUCAACUAGUGGUUUCCAAAAAAUUUCGAGCCAGUGUUAUACGUCUAUUGAUUCAUUGUUUGAAACACCAUGGAUGGGGCCAGUCGAAUUGCAAUAGUGGCAUUCCUUUUGGUGUCGACUAAAGAUGGUUCGGGAAGAUUGCUGGACAACAGCUGUGGGACAAUAGCCCCAAGCCCAAUAUAUGCGAAAAUCGAAGCUGGCAAAAAUGCUGACAUCUUUUCCAACCCAUGGAUGGUUCGUGUAAUGGUAAAUUGCACAGCAAUUUGUGGCGGCUCUCUUAUCACAUCUCGAUUUGUACUCACGGCAGGGCAUUGCGUAUCCACCUCUCAUAUGCAAGUGCGCUUGGGCGAAUUUGACACGCGGUAUCCAUCAAUAGAACGAGCCUUUACUUUUGAUGUUGAUAAGAAGAUUAUCCACAGGAAUUUUAGUAUAAACUCGCAUGAUAUAGGGCUGCUUCGAAUGAAUCAGACUGUCACGUUCUCAGACUAUAUCAGGCCGAUCUGCAUUCUGAUCGAUGAGCCAAUUUCGCCCAUUUCAAUAUAUAACGUCACCGGGUGGGGCAGAAUCAAUAGAGAACACUUCCCGUCUAUUCUACAGAUUGCCACCAUUCGGCAAUUGGAUCAUAACAAAUGCUUAAAAAAAUUCAGGUUGAAGGAUGCCAAUGACUGGAUAUGUGCUGGCAGUGAUACGGAUGAUACCUGUGAAGGCGACUCUGGAGGCCCGCUAAGCGCAUUGCUCAUGUAUCAAGGACAACGAAAGUUCUUUCAGUUCGGUGUGAUCAGUGGUGGCUUAUUUAGUUGCAAUGGCUUGGGAAUUUACGCCAAUGUGACAUACUUCAGCAACUGGAUCGCGGAUGUUGUCCAGAAUUUUAAAGAUUUCGAUUAACAUGAUUAUACCCCAGCUGUACGAAACCGUUAUGUUAUAUUAUUAAGAGCUUUUGUACAUUAAUUUGUUUCUUAAUAAUAAAGAUAUAGAUUACAAAAUAGGAAAUAUAUCAUGGAUUUAACUCGCUUUGUGUUUUGAUUUGAAGAAGAAACGCUGUAAUGCAAUGCCGCGACUUUAAGAUACCCGUUACAGUUUUAAACAAUUUUAAAAUAUUUA